AUUCACUGAAGCUACCAAGAUGUUCAAGAAAUCAGUUCUAAGCCUGCUGCUUGUUGCCACCUGCCUUGCCUUAGCAGCUGCCACUCAAGAUGCUGCCGCCCGCAAAGCUGCUCCUGUCCAAGUGCAGCCUCGGUUGCUUUGGCUUAAGCGUGGUGAAUCCCAGCAACAAUCGCCAAUUGUGAUUGUCCAACAACCUCAGGAUAGCAACUCCAAUAGACAUCACUAUCAGCAACCUCCUCCACCACCUUACUGGUCCGACUACUACUCCUAUUCUCCACAAAGGCCUCAGCGUCCUCAAGGCAUCUCUGACUAUCCAACCAUUGUCAUCGUUAACCCGAAUAAUGCUCAGAACUUCACUUUCGACCUUCCGACAACAACCGCUGCUUCGACCAGAAGGCGCAGCAACAUCUUCAAUCGCCGUAGCUCGAAUCCUAUUGUUGAUCUGCUGCAGGACUCCAUUGAUGACGACUCUGAGGUGAUCAGCGCUGCCGACAAUGUGGACAACGAUGGUGUGAUCACCAUUCCCCAGCAGAUUCCUCAGCCUCAGAAAUAUGCCGCCGAGGAGCGCAACGAAGAGCUGGGCGACGAUGAAUUGGCACUUUUGGAACGUCAGGCUGAACGUGGUCUCAGUCCCAAGAACCUCAUCUCGUUCCUCAUGCAGGACAAGCAACGCAGGCGCGUUCAGGAGGCCAUCGCCGGCAUCUACUUGAGGAACUACAAUCUGAAUCGAAAGUGAAUCACACACCAAUCAGAACAACAACACCAACAAUAACAAAUAACAAAUAACUGACUCUGUAGUUGCGUAUCGAAGUCAAAUAAAUUC